UCAUUCGUGGAUUAAAUAGGUCAGGUGUGUUGAUUUCUGAGCAGCGAUUAUUCCCUGAAUGAAGCACUGGACCAAGCUGUGUUGAUGUGGCGGGGUGAUGCGGAGAUGGGCGUGGUUGACCGGGUGCCGUCUGCGGGACGUGAGGAGGUGGUCGUCGACACCAACGCUAACAGUAACAGUAACAGCAGCAGUCCGGGCUCCCCGCCCCCGGUGCUAGUGCGAACGUCACCACAGGUGAUGAGCAAGUCUCCCGAUAGAAACUCACCUCCCGACAUUGUGAGGAUUUCGUCCACCUCCUCGCUGAUCACCUCUCCUCCUAGCAUAUCGAGCUCCUCGCCACCCCCAGCAGACGUCAACCUGGGAUGUGGGCAGGACGUGAAAUACAUGCACGCCACAGGGAAUGAGUCACCGCAAGACUGGAGAGCUAAUUCAAGGGACAGCAGACUUCACUGUUGGAAGGAGGAGUCCCAGAUACACAGUGCCAGCAACAGCCACCAUCCGCCCGCGAUGACCAACUCCGACUUCCAGGUGGAGAUCUCUGAAACGGUCGCCCUGGCUCUGCAGAACCGUCUGCCAGCAUCGGUCGCUAACUCCGCCUUCAACAAGCUCCUCCUGGCAACCGUCGCCAGCCAGAGGAUGGCCGCUAAAGGAGUUACCUCCCUUACGGAAAAGGACCUUAUUGAGCUGGACAAGCAGUUGACGGCGUCUGCUGCGAAUUACGUUACCGAGGCAACGCAGCAGACAGAGGACUCGAAGCAAGUUCUACACAACUACCUGGCUGCUAGUGAGACGAGACUGGAGAACUCUCACAGCCCGAGGCUGGCCGGGUCUCAGAGCCCCAGGCUGGCCAACUCACAGAGCCCCAGGCUGGCCAACUCACAGAGCCCCAGGCUGGCCAACUCACAGAGUCCCAGGCUGGCCAACUCACAGAGCCCCAGGCAGGUCAACUCACAGAGCCCCAGGCAGGUCAACUCACAGAGCCCCAGGCAGGUCAACUCACAGAGCCCCAGGCAGGUCAACUCACAGAGCCCAAACAGUGUUGGAAUUUUUUCUAACACAUCUCAGUCACAGUACAGUUUGACAGACAAAAAAGCCAUGUCGCGUCUCCCACCAGUGUCGUCAUACAAACACUUGGCCGUUUCCGACCCUUCCAUUAGCAACUCGGCACCCAGCAGUGACUCUUACUCCUACUACAGUGACCCGGUGUCAGUGAAUACUUCCGCUUACAGCAGCAACAGAGCAGGCUACAGUGACCGUGAGCCAGUAUCCGUGACUACUUCUGCUUACAGCAGCAACAGAGCAGGCUACAGUGACCGUGACCCAGUGUCAGUGACUACUUCUGCUUACAGCAGCAACAGAGCAGGCUACAGUGACCGUGACCCAGUGUCAGUGACUACUUCCGCUUACAGCAGCAACAGAGCAAGCUACAGUGACCGUGAGCCAAUAUCUGUGACUACUUCCGCUUACAGCAGCAACAGAGCAGGCUACAGUGACCGUGAGCCAGUAUCUGUGACUACUUCUGCUUACAGCAGCAACAGAGCAGGCUACAGUGACCAUGACCCAGUGUCAGUGACUACUUCUGCUUACAGCAGCAACAGAGCAGGCUACAGUGACUGUGAGCCAGUAUCCGUGACUACUUCCGCUUACAGCAGCAACAGAGCAGGCUAUAGUGACCAUGAGCCAGUAUCCGUGACUACUUCCGCUUACAGCAGCAACAGAGCAGGCUUGUCUAGUCCUGCAAGUGUCCACAAGGAGGCUCACAGCUCUCCCUUCACCUACAGAGUGCAGACGUCCUACGCCAGUCCUUCAUCACAGAAACAUUCACCACCAGUGUCAAGCCUGGUGCUAACGAAAAUAUCUGAAUCGAGUGUAUCACAAGAGAAAAUAUCAUCAUCUAUGCCUAGUCCGGUGUACAGUAAGGUACCGGUGUCUGUGCACAGUUCUUUUUGUGACAAGGUGUUUGUACCAUCUUCUGUACAAAGUGCAGAGUUUGACAAGAUACCGUCGUCACUACCGACUUCCAUGCUAGACCGAAUCUCCUCGUCAGAGUCUAACAAGCACCUGCAGAGUUCUCAGGUAGAGGGAACCGACUCAAUCUAUACAGGUUCGAGUUGGAGCUGUGAGAGUUCGCGCCAGACGGGUGAGCACGAUCACGUCAUGAUGACCAUCAACAGCGUGGCCGCCGGCGACAUCCAAGUUGACGACGACCUCUCCGAGAACGUCACCAGCCCCACCAGCCCCACGUGUGGCAGUCCAGCACGGACCCCGAAGCCGGCCCAGGCCACUCUGAAGUGUUUGGUGUGCAGUGACAAGUCGUCUGGGGUCCACUACGGAGUCCUAGCCUGCGAGGGGUGCAAGGGGUUUUUCCGCCGUGCGUUGCAGAAUGUGGGCGACCCGGCGCGUAAGAAAUGUUUCUACAACAAGAACUGCGAGAUCAACAUCCAGACGAGGAACCGCUGUCAGUACUGUCGACUCCAGAAGUGUCUCGCUCUCGGCAUGUCCCGCGCAGCGGCGAAGCUGGGCCGGCGGUCGCGGAAGAUGCGAGAGUUGAUCCGGUGUAUCGAGGACACACAGACGGAGCAGGCGCUGCAUGGACUGCUGAGUCUCAACUACGAAAACAACAUGGCCGACGCAGCCUCCAGCCCACCCGGUGCCAUGACGACGCUUGGAGGACUGGGUGCGCCCGGCGAGAUGAGCAACCAGUCGUCAAUGGCGGCGCUGUCCAUGCUGCUCAAACAGCGGUCCAGUCUGAACCAGCUCAUCGGUCAGCCCAUGGUGGCCGAGCGGGAGAUGGACGACCGCGAGCCAAUCAGCAGCUCCGUCACAGACUUGAGUCCAAUGUCGACGCACCACGACGCCGAGCCGCUCAUGUUGAAGGUGGAGCGGCGUCAGGUGUCGUACACGUCGCUAUCCGACUCAGACAGGUCAGUGAUGACCAGCAGCAUUCAGAAACCGUACAGUGCAAACCUCGUGUCGAGGUCGCAGAGUCUUGGCACUGACCGAUCUUCCAUUUCUCUCGGCGACAGGUCACUGAGCACAAGCAGUGAGCCCGGUGUUUCGAGUCGCCUCCCCCCCACCUCCAUCUCCCCCAUGCAUGGUCACGGCGUUGUGGAGUCGACGCAGUCUCUCGGUGACGCGCUGCACUCGACGUCGCACGUCCGAUACAGUCUGUCCGGACCACAGAUCAUCAUCAAGUCGGAGGGCGGGGGGGAGCGCGGGGGCGAGUCAGCGGAGACCCUCCACCCCAUGAUGCCUCCCCCCACACCGUCCAAUGUGGUGACCUCCCCCAUGUCGUUCUCCCUCGGCCAGCAGCAGGCGUCGGUGAUCGUGGAGAACGUGACCCUUGACCUGAGGAAGAAGAGUGACGAGCUCAUCAGCCGUAGUCCCAUCAAGAAACGCCCGUACAUCCCUGCCCCCGCCUCCAGCUCCGAGGAUGUCCUCCCGCCCCACGUCAAACGCGAGUACUCCGAGCCCAGAGACAAAUACAUCAAGCACAAUCUGCAUCAUCAACAACAACAACUACAGCAGCAGCCAGUUAACAUGAACAGUGGGCGACGCGCCUCCAAUGACUCAUGGCUUCCUCGACACGGCAAGACGCUCCAAAGAGAGUUGGCGGCAGUGAGACCCGAUACCUCGACUCAUGACACAACUCUAAUGACACGAGACCAGGUUCCCAUUGAACACACAGCUGUCGUGACGCCCAUGAUCAACAAAAACAACAUGUUUCCCCGCAGGACGGAAGAGGACGGAACAAAGCUGACGCUGCCCAACAUGAUUUUACGAAUUCACGACUCAUUCGGUUCGACCUUCACCUCUCUGAGGUCACGGUUUGGCGAGAUGGCGCAGAAGUUGCGGGAGUACUGCAGACAGAACACGAUGGAGCGCAUGAUUGGACGAAUCGUUCAAGAACAUCUUGUCAAUGCGGAAAACAAACAGCAGGGCAUCACGACGGGAGAGAUUUCCUGGAAACACUUCCAGAUGCGACUCAACAACACAAUCCAGGACGUCGUCAUCUUCGCGAAGAAGAUUCCAACUUUUACAAACCUUGAUCAGGAUGAUCAGAUCAGUCUGAUCAAAGGAGGAUGUUUUGAGGUGGCGUGUGUGGUGUGUGCCCCAUUCGUGGACUCUGAGACGAACACGAUCUUCCUGGUGGGUAACGGGAUGCUGGUCACUCGUGAAGAGAUGAAGUGUGGCUUUCCACUUGGGGAGCACUUCGUCGAGCUGCUCUUCAACCUGUGCUGUCGAUUCAACGCCUUCAAGCUUCACGAGUCAGAGAAAGCCUUGUUUAGUGCGCUCGUACUCAUAUCUCCAGAUCGACCAGGCCUCAAGAACCGCGAGAAGGUGAGCAAGCUGCAGGAGUUGCUGAUCCAGGCGCUGCAGGCAGAGAUCACGGCGUGCCACCCCGACGAGGUUGGCCUCUUCCCGCGACUCCUCAUGAGCAUCUCCAGCCUCCGUGAACUCGGGGUCGAACACAGACGCAUGCUCGAGUCUCUCAAGGGGCAGAUGAGCUUCAACCACGACCUCUACGCAGAGACCUUUGACCUCAUUCCCUAGACACACAGAUGGAUGGAUAGACUGAGAUAUCUGUCUUUGUCAGUCGAACCCUGUAACCUCUAUGCCGAGACUUUCGAUCUCAUUCCUUAAACACAGACACAUUAGACCCUAUCAGACAGACAGACACAUGAAAUCCUAUGAGACAGACAGACACAUGAAACCCUAUCAGACAGACAGACACUUGAAGCCCUAUCAGACAGACAGACACAUGAAACCCUAUCACAGACAGAUGGACACAUGAAACCCUAUCAGACAGACACACUUGAAGCCCUAUCAGACAGACAGACACAUGAAACCCUAUCACAGACAGAUGGACAUCUGUAACCUAUCAGAUGGAUGGACACAUCUAACCUCUAAGACAGACUCUCAUUUAAUUUCUUAGACAGAAAGACAGACAAAACCCUAUUAGACAGACUGACACAUGUAACCUGUGAGAUGGACAAACAGACACAUAAAACCUAUCACCCAGAUGAACUUACUAACCUAUCAGACAGAUGGACACACUAACCUAUCAGACAGAUUGACACACUAACCUCUCAGACAGAUGAACACACUAACCUAUCAGACAGAUGGACACACUAACCUCUCAGACAGAUGAACACACUAACCUCUCAGACAGACGAACACACUAACCUCUCAAACAGACGGACACAUUAACCUCCGACAGACGGAGACACUAACCUCUUGGACAGAUGGACACAUUAACCUCUCAAACAGAUGGACACACUAACCUCUCAGACAGACACACUAACCUCUCGAACAGAUGGACACACUAACCUCUCACUCAGAUGGACACACUAACCCUGUGAGAUGAAUGAACACAUGAAACCAUGUCUGACGGACACAGUAAACCCCGGUGAAACAGCCUUUGUUAUAUUUUAAAUAUCUUACUGAAGGCUCUAAGCUGAAGUAUUUAGACAUAAGUUUAAUAGUUUUUUAAAACCUUUAUUGCUUUGUAAGUGUUGUGUUCAGAAUUGCUGUUCAUCUGGUGAAAAUCAAGGCUCAGAUAUCUUUAUCACUAAGUAUAUUUGCUUUUGCAUUAUGUAUAGUAAUGUAUAUAUACUCACCGGUGAUUCAGCAAUCAAGGCUGGAAAGUCUCUAUCACUAAGUAUAUUUGUUUCUGCAUUAUGUAUAGUAAUGUAUAUACUCACCAGUGAUUCAGCAAUUGAGGCUGGAAAGUCUCUAUCACUAAGUAUAUUUGUUUCUGCAUUAUGUAUAGUAAUGUAUAUACUCACCAGUGAUUCAGCAAUUGAGGCUGGAAAGUCUCUAUCACUAGUUAUGUUUGCUUCUGCAUUAUAUAUGUUAAUAGAUAUAUCGAUUCGUGUUUUGGAAGUUCAGUUACCUGGUGAAUUUGGAGACUGUUUUGUUUUUUAAUUAUGUUUGUUAAUGUAUGUAUUUUCAAUAUGAUUGUUUUGUUUUAUUUUAUGUUUGUUAAUGUAUAUAUUUUCAAUAUCAUUAUGUUUUUGUAUUAUGUUUGUUAAUGUAUAUAUAUUUUCAAUAUGAUUGUUUUGUUUUUGUAUUAUGUUUAUUAAUGUAUAUAUCCACCGGUGAUUAGCAAGGCUUGAGUCUCUAUCAUUAAGUUUAUUUGCUUCAGCAUUAUAGACAUUAUUUAACUACCCAUUCAAGGUGACUGUCGUAGUGAAUGGAUGUAACUUACAGCGUCUAACUGGCACACCGAUAUCUAAACGACAUACCUCUAUUAACACUCAGAUGAAGCAUGUAGUUAAGAUUUCACUGAUUGAGAUAAACAUUGUAUUUAAUCAUUUGGUUUAGUGCUCCUUCAUCAUUUAAAAAUCUGAUUCAGAUGACAUACUAGAGUUGUUUCCCUUUGUUUGUGAGAUCUUUUUCUGAAUUAGCACAGGUUUGUAAACACAGUAAACCUUGACCUUCAAAACAAACUUUUGUAUUAAUCAUCAAUAUUUGAUUAGGAAACAUUAAAAUAUCUGUAAUGGAAACUCAGGUUUAAGCACAUUUUGUUUUUAAUUCAGUUGAAAAAACGUUUUACUGAAUUACUUUUCCUCUAUGUCCAGAAUGUAAGUUUUAUGAGGUCAGAGAUUAGGUAAAACAUAAUAAGUGACAAUAACAACUGUAGAGUUGUAUAGACAGUGUAAUACGCUGGGUGUAUACAGGUAUGUCAUGGUAUAGACAGUGUAAUACGCUGGGUGUAUACAGGUAUGUCAUGGUAUAGGCAGUGUAAUACGCUGGGUGUAUACAGGUAUGUCAUGGUAUAGGCAGUGUAAUACGCUGGGUGUAUACAGGUAUGUCAUGGUAUAGGCAGUGUAAUACGCUGGGUGUAUACAGGUAUGUCAUGGUAUAGGCAGUGUAAUACGCUGGGUGUAUACAGGUAUGUCAUGGUAUAGGCAGUGUAAUACGCUGGGUGUAUACAGGUAUGUCAUGGUAUAGGCAGUGUAAUACGCUGGGUGUAUACAGGUAUGUCAUGGUAUAGGCAGUGUAAUACGCUGGGUGUUUACAGGUAUGUCAUGGUAUAGGCAGUGUAAUACACAAGUAUAUACAGGUAUGUCAUGGUAUAGGCAGUGUAAUACGCUGGGUGUAUACAGGUAUGUCAUGGUAUAGGCAGUGUAAUACGCUGGGUGUAUACAGGUAUGUCAUGGUAUAGGCAGUGUAAUACGCUGGGUGUAUACAGGUAUGUCAUGGUAUAGGCAGUGUAAUACGCUGGGUGUAUACAGGUAUGUCAUGGUAUAGGCAGUGUAAUACGCUGGGUGUAUACAGGUAUGUCAUGGUAUAUGCAGUGUAAUACGCUGGGUGUAUACAGGUAUGUCAUGGUAUAUGCAGUGUAAUACACUGGGUGUAUACAGGUAUGUCAUGGUAUAUGCAGUGUAAAACACUGGGUGUAUACAGGUAUGUCAUGGUAUAGGCAGUGUAAUACGCUGGGUGUAUACAGGUAUGUCAUGGUAUAUGCAGUGUAAAACACUGGGUGUAUACAGGUAUCUCAUGGUAUAGGCAGUAUAAUACACUGGGUGUAUACAGGUAUCUCAUGGUAUAGGCAGUGUAAUACACUGGGUGUAUACAGGUAUCUCAUGGUAUAGGCAGUGUAAUACACUGGGUGUAUACAGGUAUCUCAUGGUAUAGGCAGUGUAAUACACUGGGUGUAUACAGGUAUGUCAUUUAGAUUACUGAUGCUCUGAGCCAGUCGGUUGCUUCGUUCCUGACAGACCUGUUUGUGUUGAGAAUGGUACCAGACAUAUUGGUUUUUUCUAAACAUUCCCAGUUUUCAUCAUGAUCCUUUAAUAUGUUUCAGAAUAAAAAUACUUGAUUUUGUUUUAAAUAUUUUUUUAAUCUUCCAUAUUUAUUCUUAGGAGGUGUUAAAAUUAUCAAUAUUUUCACUAGUGUGCAAACAGUACCUUUUUGUUUUGUUAUCCCCCAGCCCCAGCCCCUUCAAAUGGUGUACAUAAAUGUGUUAAUUUGGCAAAGACAGUUUAUUAUUUUUUUGACAAUAAGCAUACUGUCUUCACCCUCCAAGGGGUGUGGUUUGUAUGUUGAUGAAAAUGUUGAUAAAUAUAAACCAAACUAGAUUAGACCCAUCAUUUACAUAAUGUCCUCCUUUUUAACUUGAUUUUACAUUGAACUGUUUUAAAACUGACUAGCAUGGUGUUUUAGAGGCUUUACUGUACCCACCAUGCAAGCAAAUUGGUAGAAAUAGUGCUUCAGAAAUUAUAAAUAUGAAAAACAUGAUUUUUCAUAUUUAUUUUUUGCAUAAAAUACUGUUUACAAAGUGCACUGACUUUGAUAUGAAAUGCUGACAAAUGGCAGUUAGUAGGUAAGGAAUAAUGUUGAGUUUCAGUCUUUUCUAGAUCCUUUCAACCAAGCGGCUCACCUGGGUAAUAUGUACAGGUAGUUGUUUAGAAUACAGUACUGUUGAAAACUCGUUUUGAUUGGUCAGUAUGUCUGCUGCCUUUUCAAUGCAAGUGAUGAAGUUUAUCCCUACUCGGCAGCACAUAUUUAUUGGGGUUUCAUUUUGUUUACCUUCACUGUGGAUAUUUCUCUUAAACUGUUUAUUAAGUGAUAACUUAUGUCGUUUUGUACCGUGUUUUCUUAUGGCAACAUUGUAAAAGUAAAUGAAUAAUAAUAAGACAAAGGCACCCAUGUGAGUGUCUGAAAGAACAGGUAUAUAUAUAUGGUAUGUCCUGACACAGUGCUUGUAUAAUACACAUCAUGUAAUAAGAUUAUACACACACCCCAACUUGUGAUAACCAUUCUCUUAAUGCAUGUUUGUGCAGAAAUAUUUAAAUAGGGUAUUUUAUUGAGCUUUUUGCUAAAUAUUUUAAAUCGAGCGAAUGUUAAAAUGUUAAUUAUGCUAUCGUGUUGUUGGGCAAUCGCCGUUGUAUAUAUAAAGUGAUGCGGAUAGCGUAUAAGCUAUUUUUGACCCUGUUAAAAGCGUCCGUGUUAAGCGUUUGUAUAAUAAUAUCAUGUUGUUAAUUACUGAAGCUAUUAAUGUUAUAACAUAAUGUGGUAUGGCAGUGUGCUCUUCAGAUUAAAUGGAUUCUACGUGUUUACAAUGUAGUGCUCUAUAUUUAUUAAAUGUGUUCUACAUGUUUACAAUGUAGUGCUCUAUAUUUACUGAAAUGUUUCAAGUGUAUUUGUUAAACGUGUUCCACAUUUUUUUCUACUAUGCUGUACUAACAUAAAAAAAAAGCAAUGUUAAUUUUUUUUUUUUUAAACAUUGUAUAAUAUCAAUAUGAUAAUCUAUGAAAAGCAAAUUUAAUUUUAACUCUUUUAUUUAUUUUCACGUACACCUUAUAGAUGCUGAGAUUGAUCGACGAGGUUGUUGUAUUAUAUUUGUUAAUAUUGAGACAUGUUAUCCAUUAACCAUUAUUAGUAUGUUGUUUUUAACAAAUAUCUGUACAUAGUCGUCUUGCUAUUUAUUAUGCUGGUCAAAUGAAUCGUUUUGCAGAACAGUUUGUGUUUUUCUGCAAAUAUAUUUUUCAUGAUGUUUUAUUUUUAGUAGAUGUUUUGGGGUACUUGUGUUGCACAUUAUUUAGUUGGGACUUGUACUCCAAAUUGGAGAAUGUCAAAUCCAUGGUGCUUGCUAUUCAAAUGUCUGGACAGGAUUUUUUUUUUCAUCAAUCAAGAUACUGUUGUACAGCCUGAAAGUAACAGCCAAUGUUAAAACCGCUUGGUCCUCUGACACAUUUUACAGUAUCAGCCAGUCAAAACCACUUAGUCCUCUGACACAUUGUACAGUAUCGGCCGGUCAAAACCACUUAGUCCUCUGACACAUUGUACAGUAUCGGCCGGUCAAAACCACUUAGUCCUCUGACACAUUGUACAGUAUCGGCCGGUCAAAACCACUUAGUCCUCUGACACAUUGUACAGUAUUAGCCAGUCAAAACCGCUUGGUCCUCUAACACAUUGUACAGUAUCGGCCGGUCAAAACCGCUUGGUCCUCUGACACAUUGUACAGUAUCGGCCGGUCAAAACCGCUUGGUCCUCUAACACAUUGUACAGUAUCGGCCGGUCAAAACCGCUUGGUCCUCUAACACAUUGUACAGUAUCGGCCAGUCAAAACCGCUUGGUCCUCUGACACAUUGUACAGUAUCGGCCAGUCAAAACCGCUUGGUCCUCUGACACAUUGUACAGUAUCGGCCAAUCAAAACCGCUUGGUCCUCUGACACAUUGUACAGUAUCGGCCAGUCGUUUGAGGUGACAUUUAUACCUCCUUGCAUAGAAAAGUCAUUUCCAUACUUGGGGUAUGUUCCAGGUUGUCUACAAAAGAUAACACAAUGUCUUCUCUUCUUAUUUAAAAAAAAAAAAAUAUUAUCUCGUAAUUUCUUUUUUCUUCUUUUUUCUUUUCUUUUUAAGAUCAGACAAUGUCUUGAUGAUAAAGGGUUUCUUUAAGUACCAAUGUAAAAUUAAUGUUUUGCUCUGUCAUUAUAGUUUAGAGCAAUCUGAUUGGUUAAGCUAUAAAACACAUAUUUACUGCUGAAUGGACAUUAAAAUAAUAUCAUGUACCAUGACCUGAUACUGCUUUUUAACAGUCACAGUUAAGAAACCAUUGAAACAGAUUAAUGUCUAUUUAAUAACUGUAUUUUAUACAUUUAUUGGCCAUUUCUUAAAUAUGUAUGUGUAAAAUGAAUUUUCGGUCCAAGCUGUUUUAUUAUUGGUAAAAUUUUGCUUUGAGGCUAUCAGUACCGGUCUGUCUGUUUGCUUAGUCUGGAUCCAGAUAUCAAGUUAGUUGGGAUGAAAAGUAUCGUAAAUAUAUUUUAAAACAAGUUUCAGCUUUGUUUCCAACUUCAGUUAAGUGGCAUUAAGACUAGCAAAUAUUAAACUCAUUACUUGAAUAUCUAAGUUGUUUUUAUUGUUGAUAUUAUUAUUAAUUUUGUUUUACACAAAGGCCAGUAACUGGUAAUGCACUUAAAGAGGGCCUGCAAGACUAUUUCUAAUUAGGUUGCAGUUUUCUGCAGCAGAUGUUAACUGUCUCCACUGAGACAUUUUCUAUAAAUUCACUUACUCAAACUGAUACUGUAUUCAGUAAUGAAGCAGAUCAAGAUUAAGUAGGACCAUAUGCUCAGAAUGCCAGUUUUUGGAAUUAAACAAAAUUCAACUCAUUGCCUCUGGAUUUUAUUUAAAUAUUAUUGCACUUAAUGUAGUUCCUUAUAUUGAAAGUAAAUUUCUUCAAAAUAGAGGGUAAAUAUUUCUUUGAGAUUGGACUAAAAUUAGCUCUAUGAAUUUGAACUACUGGUAAAAGUAGUAGCUUAUAUUGAACUAAAAGUAGUUCCAUAUAUUGAACUAAAAGUAGUUCCUUGAAAUUUAACAAAAACUAGUUCUUUAUAUUGAAAUAUAAGUAGUUCCUAACAGUUAAAAUGAAAGUGGUUUCUUGAAAUUGAACUAAAAGUAGAUCCCAGGGUGUGUACUGAAAGUAGUUGUCGACCAUCUUGAUGGAAUGGAUCCAGUAUUGAGCUAGUUUUACAGAGAGACCAGAUAGAAGGUUGUUCUGUGACAUAUCUUAUGCUAUAUGCACUGUCCACCAUGCAAGCCAUACACUGAUAAAUGGCUUCUCACCAAUGUUGUUGGUUUAUGCAAUAGUCAUGAGUGUAGUGGUCGGUAAACUUUGCUGAGUAAUAACCAAAUUACACUAACCAUAGUCCUAUGCAAUUUAUACGACUUGACACACCCUAGCUUAGUGGUUUUAAUAUCUCCGACACUAUUCCCUUGUACAAGCCAGUAGAUCGUGAACGUCAGUUGUGUGUGUUUUGUACUCUAACCUAGUAGAUUAGUCAUUGAGAGUGCUCUUCGUAUAGAUUUUAGUGGGUCGAUCAUUGCACUAGGUCAAAGGUUGGGAAACUUUUGAUGUGCACUAAACAUUCAAGCAGUGUCCAUGGAUAUGUUAAUGAGAUAUGUCAUUCUUAAAUCUGCUUUUGUUUUUUUAAAUACUAGUUGCAGAAGGUAAUGCUUGCUUUAAAUAUAUUUUAUGUUUGAAAAAUAUAGAUCGUACUCAAAACUUGUUUUGUACAUCGGGUUUGUGGGUGGUUACAGUUUUUCUAUGGCACAGUUUAAUUCUGUUGGAAAUAUGUCAGUGACAUGAUUCUGUUACACUGUUCUGACUGUUGAGUUUCGAGAAAGUGAAUAAAUUCAAAAGUACCAGGCAGAUGAUAUGACCUUUGACCAUGUGAAUGUUUUUCUAUUUUAUUUAAUCCCUUUGAGCUCAUUUAUUGGCUGAUAUAUAAUGAGUGUUGUUUGAUUCUUGUUCUGUACUUCCGAAAGUUCCCCUGUACUAUUGAUUACAACACGAACUCCCAAACCUACUGUGUACUGAUUUAGCUUGUAUUUACUGGACACAAGCGGAAUAAUCUUUGAGUAAGCUGGUCCAGUUAGUCCAAGAUCGUUGUUAUGUGUAAUCGCUUGCUACACCUUUAUAUAGUCAAUGUCUUAUGAGCGAAUACGUUCUUAAGAUAAUUAUAUGUAGAAUAGAAACUAUGUAAAAUAUAUUUUUAUGUCUGUGUAGGAGCAAAAAAGUUUUGUUGUUUUCUUUGCCCUACCUGUUUUUCUUGCUCUAGUAUUACAGUUUUGUUUAGAUUGCUUUGGUAUUUGCCAUUAAAUUUUAACUUAUCAUGUUGCUUCCAUACAUACCUCUACAUGUAUGUGCUAGCAGAGUUAUGGCCCUUCAUGUCUAAAUGGCUGAAUAUCGUGUUUGAAUAUCAUAAAUUGUGUUGUGCCAGCAACAAACCUUACAGCUCACUGCUUCAGUUUGGUCUUUGGUCCGGUGAAUUGUCACCAGAUGUCACUACCAUAUCAGCACAUUCAUGUUUGGCAUGAGUUAUGCCCCUUUGUAACUAAAUAUAGAAGAGAUGAAAGCAAAAACAGAUCAUAGUUUCCAAAAUUGUCUGACUUCACGAUUCAUGAUUGUGAUUUAUCUAAGAUAGAAAAUAUAUAUAAUACCGGUCAUUUAUUUCGUUAUCAUUUUAUUUUGUAAUUUAUUUUCUUUGAAAUACAUUUUCAUCAAAGGACUCUUGUUACUUUAGCUUGUGGGUCAGGGAUGAAACCGAUUUAUUUACGCUUAAAUGUGUCAUCAGUAAUUAGAAGCGCAUCACAGUGUUAACCAAUCUUUCAUAUGUUUCUGUCAAAUUCUCAACUCAUGCUUGAAAGAACAAAAUUAUUUUGUGUGAUUGUAAUGCUCUAGCUUGUUGUUUUUACACUGAAUUAACCCGGGUGUUUACAUCAUCGUUGCCAGCAAAGCUGUGACGUGUUAUUACAACUACAACCAAAAACAUACCUGUGCCACCUGCAAUUUUAACUUUUUAAUGUAUUUUUGACUAACUGUUUUGAGUUGUUACAGCUCCGGUGAAUAAUUUAGUAUUUUCAAAUGAGCUCAUUUAUUUUGUAUUCAUUCUCAUACUUUAUCAUUUAAAAUUUGUUUGUUAUUUUCAUUGUUUGCUGUUUUUAUUAUUAGUCUAAUUAUAGAUAUAAUGUUCUGUUGUAGUUACAACACACACAUUUAACAGAUGUGUGUAUUAUUUAACUUCCUAAGUAGCAACUGUUUAAUUAUUUCUAGAAUGGACUUGAGGAAAUUACAAUAGGAAUUGAGACAAGUUAAAUGAUAACUACCUGUCAAACCGAUAGCCUGUGUGUAUGUUGUAAAACCUGUCUGUUAGGGACACGUCAUGUUGCGAGUUAGCUGAUGGUAUUUUAAAAAUCAGCAUCAACUCUUAGUCCUGAAGAAAAUGGUUUAGCUCAGUGUUCACUUUUGCAUGACAGAACUAUAAGUUCAAAAAUUUAUGGCUGUAAUUGUGACAGUUAUUCUACAGGUAACUUGGUUAUUCUACAGGUAACUUGGUUAUUCUGUAGGAAACGAAGAGUUAUUUUCAUUGAGUACCCAGAUCUGGGAUUUUAUAAAUUUACAGGAGUACAUGUAUUGUAAUAUUAUUUUAAAAUUUCGUGCCAUUUCAUUUUGUCAUCAUGUUCCAUUGACUUUGUCAUUUUAUCAAUACGUUCAUAGUGUUUUAACUAAGCUGUUAUGUUUUAAGAUGAACCGGUGAAUACUAGUAUAUCAUUUAGACAUCAUCAUGACUGCGUACUUCUCAAACAGUUUGAUACUGAGAGAUGUAAUGUUCGCUACUGGAUCCAUACAUCGGUGUUCAAAGUGUUUAGUAGGACUGUUCCACUUUGUCUGCAGGGGAUGAUGGUAAGAGUGAUAGGCAUAUUGUUUUCAACACUAGUCAAAUAAAUUGAAACCAUUUGACAUUCCUACAGAUUUAACACCAAUUAGCUAAUAACUUUAAAGUUUGUUUUGUUUAACAAGACCACUAGAGCACAUUGAUUUAUUAAUCAUCGGCCACUGGAUGUCAAACAUUUGGUAAUUCUGACAUAUGGUCUUAGAGAGGAAACCCGCUACAUUUUUUCAUUAGUAGCAAAGGAUCUUUUAUAUUCACCAUCCCAAAUACAGGACAGCACAUACCACAGCCUUUGAUAUAUAUCAGUUGUAGAGCAGUGGUGGAACAAGGAACAGCCCAAUGGGCCGUUUGACGGGGAUAAAUCCCAGACUGACUGCACAUCAAGCGAGUGCAUUACCACUAGGCUACGCCCUGCCCCAAUAUGCUAAUAAUUUAUAUUCUUCCACAUUAAAAUGUGUAAGUGUUUGACAUUUAGUGUUUAUUUAUUGCCUCGCAGUAGCCAUGUGUCACAUCAUACACCACACAGCACAUCUAUAGCAAUAACUUUUCCCAAACAGUAUAGUAGAACAAAAAGCCUUAAAAACAUUUGGUGCUUGUUUUUUUAAUUUUGCACUUUUCAGUUGCAAUUUUUGUUACUGUAGCAGACAUAUAAUGUUAAAAAACAGUAUGAAUUAAAAUAAUUUUUAUAUUUGCAUAUUAUGUACAUGAUGUUUAUAACAUACACUGUUGUGCUUUUGUCACGUGUUGUACGUUCUGUUCCUGAACCGUGAUGUUUUCAUGUUCCAGGAGGGGAGAAAUACACCAUUUGAGAAACACAUUGUUUCAUUGAUCAUAUGUUUAGUUCUGUCAUCUGACAAUCUAGUGACAUACAAAUAUGUUACCAGUGUAACCUUUUACUUUGAUAAUUUAUUGUACAUGUUAUAAUUGUGUUCUUCAAUAGUCGAAUAACACCAGAUUGUAUUGAAUAUUGUAUAUCCCGGUAGCUGAACAACAUCAUAUUGAAUAUUUUAAUGGUUAUCCCGGUGACAUCAUGUCAACAACCAUUUUGCUGCAAGACCAAAGCUGUCCCGGUAUCGUGCAAGCUGUCCCGGUAUUGUGCAAGCUGUCCCGGUAUUGUGCAAGCUGUAUUGUGCAAGCUGUCCCGGUAUCGUGCAAGCUGUCCCGGUAUUGUGCAAGCUGUCCCAGUAUCGUGCAAGCUGUCCCGGUAUCCGGUAUCGUGCAAGCUGUCCCAGUAUCGUGCAAGCUGUCCCGGUAUCGUGCAAGCUGUCCCGGUAUUGUGCAAGCUGGUGCUCUGUGUGCCAUUCGUUCCACCGUGAGAUACAGCCAGAGUCGGACCAACUUCCACUGCAGACUUUCCGUAUCUCACACUCACAUACAGCAUAUUUUCAUAUCUGACCAGUGUACAUCCCAACAUCACACCGACUUAGCCAUUCAAACGUUUAUUUUUGUUAGCUUUGAUAUUUUUCCAAUUAUUUGUUUAAAAUGACUGAUUUUCCUGUUUGAACAGUGAGUGCCACUAGGUUCCUGUUCUUCCAUUCUGUUUGAUGGAUGACACUGUAGUAACCUUUACAGGCAAUGGCCCGACACUGCUGUUAGUGUAACACGUAUCACACUGACCGAGUACUUUAAUCACUAAAAGUACACAUGAAAUACGCUUUGUUGUUUACAAUAUCGGUGUCUGUAGAUAUGGAUAAUUCUCAGUCUGAAUGCUUUUACAAGCCAAAAUGAGAUUUUACUUGCCAAUGACUUCGUAUGUAUGAAAAAAUAUAUAUUAGGAAGUAAAAUUAUGUUUUAGCUACUACAAACAUUGAGAUGACGAGAAACUCAUUGAAUAUAUACAGACAGUGGUAUUGUAAAGAAGACGAGGUAUUUGAUGUGGUUUAGUUGUUAAAACGACUGGUAGUGGGAAACAUGUUACAAUAGCGGCAAACUGAGGCCUGGCCCUUUAACAGACAAGUUAAUGAGAUGCAGGGUUUGGAACAAUUCACAGCCAGGGUGUUUAGUCAGUAUAUUUAACAAGUCCUGAUAUUACAUGUAUAAUUAAUGCUUGCAAUUUUAUGCACUGUAUUCUGUAAAAGGAUUAAUUUUUUUGCUGGAGUAUUUUCAUCAAGAAACCAUAGAAACAGUGAUCACGACAAAUUACUUGUAGUGUUUGAGCACAAUCUCCUGUGGUUUAUAAUUAUGGUUUGGUUUCUCCUGUGCUUUAUAAUUAUGGUUUGGUUUCUCCUGUGCUUUAUAAUUAUGGUUUGGUUCUGUUCUAAACUGGUGUUCCUCUGUGAAUACUGUUUGUUAAAACUAGUUUAUCUUCUAUAGAACACUUAAUCAUUUGUACAACAGAUUGUGUUAGUGAUCAAGUUUUGCCGAGGGACGUACGUACUGUGUACUCUGCUGUGACCAACUGGAAUUGUUAUGUAUAUGUAGCCCAGCAGUCAAAGACACAACAAUAUGAAGAAUCCUUCUUCUUUUUCAAGCUGGUUGGAAUUGUGCGAUUAGUUUUCAAACCACAGUGAAAUUGUGUUAAUGAUCUUGACCUCUGUAAAUGUUUGUAAUGUGUGUUUGUGUGUGUGUGCUAUAGUGCUAGAUAAAUUAUUUCCUGAUCCA